AUGCCCAGUCACAAGUCAAAAAAACGAAAAGUCGACGAUGACUACAGCUUAGGCCCAGAUACGUCCAAACCCUCUGCAAUCUUCAAACCAACAGGCGGAAGAAGUUUCACGUUGAGUCUGGCACUUCCUGGAAGUAUCAUUGCCAACGCUCUCACACACGAUCAGAAAACCAGCUUAGCCGGCCAGAUAGCUCGAGCAUGUGCAGUAUUCUGCGUCGAUGAAGUUGUCGUGUUUGACGAUGGUCAGGCCGAGACUCGUGCCCCCGAACAUGGAGGCUACACUGCCUUUGCAGAUCCCAACUUCUUCCUCUUUCACGUCUUGACCUACCUGGAAACGCCUCCGAAUUUGCGCAAAGCGCUGUUUCCUAUGCAUCCGGAUCUUCGCACUGCAGGGGCGUUGCCGAGUUUGGAUAUGCCUCAUCAUCUCCGGGCUGAAGAGUGGUGUGAGUAUCGUGAGGGUAUUACGACUCACUCUUCCUCGGGCAAAGGAAAGAUGCCUCAGACGUUUGUGGAUUGUGGUCUUUCUCAGCAGGUUGCCAUUCCUGGCGCAAUUGACCCCAACACUCGGGUGACUGUGAAGUUGGGUCAUACUUCCUCUGAUGGCUACACGAUAUCCGGUCUUCCAGUCUCACCAGAGACACCUCGAGAAGAAGCAGGUUACUACUGGGGCUACAGCGUGCGACAGGCUUCUUCGCUGAGCGCAAUCUUCACCGAGUGUCCAUUCGAUGGAGGAUACGAUGUCAGUGUAGGCACCAGCGAAAGAGGAAAGCCACUCAAAUCCAUCAUCGACCAGUCUUCGCCUACCUAUGUGGAGCCGACCUGGAAGCACCUGAUCGUGGUCUUUGGCGGAGUUGCUGGCCUCGAGGCAGCACUGAAGGCAGACUCCGAACUGCAGUCUGCAGGCGUCAGCCAGGCCGAAGAAGUAUUUGAUUCGUGGGUCAACCUGGUACCGAACCAAGGCUCCAGAACCAUCCGAACCGAAGAGGCCGUAUGGGUGGGCUUGUCUGGGUUGCGAGAAGCAGUCGAGAUCAGAAGUAGACAGUGAUCAUUUCUAACGCUCAUUGGCCGCGAAGGAGCUACAGAUUUUCCCUCCCAAGGUGGGCGCGUGCGUCUGCCCUAUGAAACUCCCUCCCCAUACUGCAUAUGCCAAGAAGUGAAUGAAGUAUUGGUGCGUACCUAUGCAA